UGGAAUUAGGGGAUUCAUGAGUUAUUUCUAGUGACAUGCUCGAAGCAGCGAUCCUGCCAGAGAAUUCUGUGUUACCAGAUUCCUGAGACAUUCCAUUGUUACAGACAAUAUUUCUCCCCAUAUUGAGCCACAGUCGUUUUUACCAUGGAAUAAGAAAAGUGAUGAAUCUACAUUGUGGCAAGCAUUGAAAUACAAUCAUUUUAGUACUCAAGUAGGGAGGAUGUCACCUACAUGUGCAAGAUACGUAUGUACAUGUAAUGGCUCCGUGAGCAGAUCCAUUUGGACUUUGUCCUACAUAUUACCACUCACUCUGGUCUUCAUGGCUGUCAACCAGCCCUCAGCUGCAAGUUCUGGAGAGAUUGUUGGCGCCUUCGUUCUACCUCAUGGAGGAAUCGCCUUUGACCCCACUCACUUCAACACCAGCAACCGCACAGCACUGGCAGAAGCGUGGCUUUUACAUGAUUCAGCUAAAACCGUAGGUGAAAUCAUCUCCGGCCUGAAACCGGAUCUGAUUGUCCUGAGCACACCCCAUGGAGUUGCUGAUCUGGACAAAUUCCAGUUCUACUUGAACCCCAAAGGGUACGGCACCGCCGACACGGAUAACUAUGUCGGCCCCUAUCGACUGGAAGUCAAUUUAGACAGUAUGUCCAGCCAGAGUCUAGUUCAAGACCUGGUCAGAUUGGGAGAGAAUGUCAGCGGGCUGAGUGCCUUUGGCCCACCUGGUGGAGCAGAUGACCCUUUCCCACUCAGGUGGGGAGAAGUGGUUCCACUUUCAUUUGUCCCAACCCUUGAGACCACAAAGGUAGCAGUCAUCUCUCAGCCCAGUCGACGCUAUAAUGACAGUGUUCAAAUGAUUCCAGAACUUCUGCAUCUUGGAGCCCUGCUUCAUGACCAGCUACUGUUGCUACGGAAACGUGUCGUCAUCCUCAUCAGUGCAGAUCUUGCCCAUACCCAUGAUAAAAAUGGUCCCUAUGGAUAUUCAUCAGCUGCUGAACCAUUUGAUCAAGCAUGUGGUUUGUGGGCCUCAACACUGGACCAGGAUGCCCUGGUAUCCACAGCAGCCAAGUAUGUCGACAGAGCUCUGUCCUGCGGCUAUACAGGGCUUGUCAUGCUCCAUGGGUUAUUGAAGAAGGAAUCACUGGAAGUCUGGAUGCCUAGAGUGUACGCAAACUACCACCCUAGCUACUACGGAAUGAUGGUCACCUCGUUUCUUAAAAAAGAGAUCUGAGAGAGUCCAUUGCUAAACUAAGAAAUUUAGGAAAGUGACCAUUUUCUACCCUUGUACUUUGUUAAAUUAUUGAAAAUUUCCUACCCUAUCAGUGAAAUUCUGUUAUAUACAUUUAUGUAAAAUGUUUAUGGGUAAUUCCUUGAGGGAUUCAAGGUGGGAUACAUACAAUGGCCAAACUUUGAAAAGCUUCUCCUAUAGUACCUUGAUUUAUGUUCAAUAACACAUGAAGUUUUCACAAAUAAUUAUAAAGAGUAGUGUACAUCAGUGGUUUUUUGUAGUUGUGAUGAAACAUUUGAGCCACUGAUUUGACAGUUUUCACACGUAAAAAAUCCAAGGGGCACACUAGAAAUGGCACACUGAAAGAUGUACUACAAUGAGUGAAGAUGAAAUACCUAAAGUCGCCUAUUUAUUGAUUUAAUUGGCUUUGGUUCAUACCUAUCUUGCCUUAUAUCAUUCCUAUUUGCUAUCUCAAAAAGUAGUGCAGAAGGGCAAUAUUUUCAUUUUUUCACUGCAUAUUCAGUAGCCCAGCCUGAAGAAAAAUCCAAGCAGUUUCAACGGAUUAUGACAGUUAAGGACAACCAAAGCGUUUUUAUUUUGAAUAUAAUCUGAAGUUCGUGAACUAACCUGUAAAUAAACGACUGUAUUUUGUAUGAUACUU